AUGGAUGGUUUAGACCGCAGUUCCGAGAAGAAUUGCUGUCAGAAUUCCGAUUCACCUUUGAUGAAUAAUAAUGGGAUUGACAGUAUACAAUUAAGAGGCGAUCCGAAAGCUGCCAAAUUAGGAGACCGAUACGAAACAUCAAUCCUGACUCAUUUCGCAAUUCGAUGCGCAUUAGACAAAACGAUUCGAAACUUCCAAAUUGUUUACAACGCGAAAGACCACGGUGAUUUGGACGACAUCGUUAUCAACGAAGAUAAUCACUUUAUCACUUGUGUACAACUCAAACAUAAAGCAGAACGAAGCAACAUUUCGUUGGAAUACAAAAAAUACGAAAAAACUUAUAACGAUGUACUUGUACCAAAAUAUCAGAAUCAUUUUCAAAAAGGUUUCAAUAGAAAUCUAAACAACGAAGGAAUGAAAAAAGUUGCCGAAAUAUUAAUAUCCUCUUUUAAUGACAGUAGUGGAAAUGGAAUCGAUAAAGGAGAUGAUAAUGGAAAUACACCGUUAAUGAUUGCCACUCAAUGGGCCAGAAAUGACUCAACAUAUUUAAUAAAAUUUUUCAUUGAACAAGGAGCCGAUAUUAACCGAAAAGACAAAAUGGGACAAAAUAUUUGGUAUUAUUUACGUUUAAACAUGUAUUUAAAUGAAGACAACAUAAAAAGUGUUGAAAAUAUUUUAAAAAGUAAGCAAUAAAUAUGUAUUUUCAGUACUUAAUUGUUAACUUUAAAUAUUCCAUUAACAUUAACAAUUUAUUUAAUUAGUUUGUAAGUGUUAUUGUUUUAGACCUAUAUACUUUUAUAUUAUUAUGUGAUAUUUUCUGUUUACCUUCUGAAAUGUAACCAUUUAGGAGUAGAAAACGCAUCCACAUGAAAAGAAAAAUUAUCAACUUCGUUUUAGAGAAAUGUUGAUUGGAUCCAAAGGUAGUGUAAAGAAAACAGAGAUUAACUUAAAUAAAUCUGAAGCAAGGGAAUAAAAUAUAAUAAAAGAUUUAUUUAUUAUAUCUCAAAUUUCUAUUCUUAGAUUGUACAUUACAAAUUACAAAUUUUAUGUCAGAUUUUUUAAAUCCAAUCAGCUGUAAUCAAUCAGCAAUGUAUAUUAGAGUUUGAUUAAUUGAUUGAUUGAUUAAAAAAUUCGGACACGAAAACUGUGAGUUUGUAAAAACAACCAAAUACGUUUAGGUGUAGUAAAUACAGCGAAAAAGAUACAAUAAUAUGUAAAUAAGGCGCUUUUUUGUGUGGAUGUGUAGUCACUCAUUUACUCAUUUAUUGUACUCAAAAAAGAUAAUACUUUAUAAUAACUUUAAAUUAAUAUCUUACAGAAUAAUUGUAAUCAUAAUUAUUUAUUUUUAUUUUAUUACUAAUAUUAAUUUAAUAUUGAACAAUAAAUAUAUAUAGUUGUUUAAUUAGAUA